GGGUCUUUUCAGUUCUUUUUGGAGGCAACAAUAGUCUUUGUCCAAGAUCUUCCACUAUUCUUAUAAGGGUUACUGAAAGAAGGAGGAGAAGCAGGAGGAGGGAAGUGGCCAUGCAGGCGGAGGGUGUUUCUCCAUAGUAACAAUGACAAAACAGGCCAGUUCAACACCAAGCAGGCAAAAAGGUUAUUGGAGCUGGUGAGGAGGCACACACAAACCUGUGGAGUAGAGCCCUGUCCACAGAAGGAAAGGAGGAAGACCAGUUUGGUGAGGAUCUGUAAAAGGGGGGCAGCAUUAUUUGUGUUGUGUAAAGAAGACAACGAGGCAGGCGGGAUUUACAAAAGCUUUAUGACAAAGUGUUUAUCAGUCAGUCAAAGAAAGCGCUGGGAGGAACAUUAUCACAGCAGCCAGCACAUCUGUAUCCUCCGAGCAUGGACCGAGACAGUCACAGUGAGGACACUUUGUCAACUCUGGUUCUGGAGAACAUAAAGAACAAAUUGAUUGAUGCCUUCAGAGUGACAGGAGAGUCCCGAGAAGACCUCCAGGACUCUGGCUCCACAGUCAGACCGGUCAGCGUGGGCAGGAGUUAUCAAGCAAACGAAGAGCUGCGGCGGGCACAGAUAGAUGGAGCGAUAACCUGGCUCAGGUCUGAACUGUUGGAAAUGCGCUCCCAGGACCUCCAGCUGGCUCAGACACUGCUGGGGCUCAACACAGAGAUCCAGAGACUAAGGAGGGAGAGUUUUGGAUGUGUGGAGGUAGAAGGGGGUAACCACCAGUAACUGGCUCCAGCAGAAGUCUUUUUUUUUUUUUUACUGGAAUGAAUAGUGGAGAAAGUAAGGACUGUGAUGCAAAGAUUCAAAUGCACUUGCUUAUGAUAAUAACUCUGUUGUAUCACUGUAAAGGAAGUUAGUUACCAGUUGCAUGUAAAAUACCUUAAGUGAAAAAAAGAAUGUUGCAAUAUGUUGAAUUGUCUUUGAUCCUGCUCUUUUCUUUUUUGAAGAAAAUUUGCACUUAAACAAAGUUGUGCUAAACAAAGUGGAAAGAAAACAAGACAUAAAUGUGUGAAUUUAAGAGAAGUAAAAUGUACAAUGUCACCGUCUUUGUGUCUUUAUUUAGCUGGCAUACUGUAACCACUGCAGUACCUGUUUUAAAAAGUGCUAUAAAAUUCAGGAAUGGUUAAUAAAUACAUUCAUGUGUCACUCCCAAACAAAAACAAAACAGCCCAUCUUUAUCUUCAUGUAAGAGCAUUUUAAAAACUCAUAUGUCAAAUCAGAAUAGUUAUCUGCAGUUGCAAUGAACACAUGAAGGUGUAAAAAAAACCCCAACCUCCAGGCUGACCUACUGAAUUACAUUUCUGGGCAGAUACAGAAUAAAUAUCAGUGACUUUUCAGGCUUUCAGUUACCGACAGGUUCACAUGUUUGUACAGUACAAGUUAAUAUUUGUCUAGACAGAGAAAACUCUUACUAUCUGUCACACAGUGCUUCAAAAGACUGCCUUUAGGUCAUUGUUUAAUACAGAUACUAAAAUAUAAAGUAACAAUAUAUACAUACUGGAAAUUUAUAUACUGUAUGAUGCUACAGCCAGUGAUGGAUUAGUUUGGCUAAUAAAAUACUCCAGACAGCAUUUCAUGAAUCCUAUUUUUCCUGCUACGUCAUUACUCUUUAAAAAAAAUCUUUUUAAUUUAAUCUGUAGUAGUCUGUAAGAAAACCACUCACAUAACUAUCACUUCAGUAAACCUGGGUGUACUCUUUUCUCUUUCUUUUUUUUCUUUUCUCUUUUUUUUUCUUUUUUUUCCUCCUUUUUCUUUUUUUUCUUUUUCUUUCUUCUGUUGUCGUUGUUCUGAAACUACAGCAACAGAAGUAGCAAAGCUACUGCUUUUAGUUUUAAUCGGUGUCUUUGAUGGUUUUGGGUUUUUUUUUUGUACUCUUUGUGUGUACUCUUUUCUCACAUGUCACACUAUUAAUUUAGUCCCAUCAUCUUCAGACUCCACUUUAAAAUUCUUGUUUUGACUUUUAGAGCUCUGCAUGGACACUCACCAGAGUAUAUCAGUAAACUUUUACAUGCAUACAACCGAAGAGGUCCCUGGGGUCAUGUGAUCAGGACCUGCUGGCUGUGCAUCAUAAAAGGCUAAGAGUUAAAGGAGACAGUGGAUGCCAGACUCUGAUAUGUGCGGACUUAAAAUACAGCUAAAAACUCAUCUUUUUAAACUCCAUUUGCUGUCUUUUGCUUUUUUUGUUUUGUUUUGUUUUGUUUUUUGUUUUUGUUUUG